AAUAUUGCUUCAUCUCAGUUUUGCCUGUCUGGCAAUGCCCACCAGUCUAGAAUCUACUACAACAGAUCCACUAGAAAACAUAGUAAAAUCUGAAGAAGCCAAACCAGUAUUGGUGGAUUUACCAGAUAUCAAAGAAAGUUCCACCACCAUUAAACCAGAAGUAGUUACCGAUAAUGCUGUAGUGGAAGAUAAUCCAAAAAAUGAUUUGGAAACUCCUCGUAAUGUAGACGUUUUGAAUGCCGAAGCUGUGUUAAAAAUUGAGGAAGACUUAAAACUGCAGUCUAAAAAAGAAGAGGAUCAUAAAUUUAAAGAUUCUCCCAAAGAUGUAACCGCCGAAGAAAUCCAUAAACAAUCAGAGUCAUGGAAAGAUUUUGAAGAUGAUUUUUCUUUACUAGAAGAUCGUAUGCCUGAUUUGACCGAUGAGGAAUAUGGACAAAUCAAUAAAGAUGGUGCAAUGCCUUGGAAUUUUUUAAAGAGUUUAGAUGUUAAGAGAGAUGUUGACGAAAUCAAACCACGGCCACUUCAAGCUCUUACGCCUAUUUAUAUUACCGUUCCCAUAGUGAUAAACACUCACUCGACUUUACCUAUUACUUUAACAAUUGGAGGACAAAAAGUGCCUCUUAAACUACCAACUGAAACUAAACCUAUAGCUCUAGCUGGUGAAAAUCUCAAAACCCCCACUAGUAAUACUAUAGUUACGCCCACCUCCAUUUUUAACAAGCUAAUGGACUACAGUGAACCACCCCUUAGACAAACAAAUCGUCAUCGAAGUAAUUUCCGUAAAAAGAUCUAUGCCCGCAAUAACAACCAUCAGGUGGAGGAAUUUGAAUAUAAAAAUGAAGAAAUCUAAAGGUUUAUACCGAUUCUAGUUUAUAAAAAUAAUUUAUUAAUAAUUUAAUUUAACUUAAAAUUAAGAGAAAAAAAUAAAUAAUUAAUUUUUUUAAUUAAUAUUUAUAAAAUAUCAAAUA